GUGGGGCCUUUAAUCCCCAAUGCAACAGUGUUGGGUGAUGUUUAGGCUUCUGUGUUGCGUGUUCCAGAAUCUACCACUUAGACCUUUGCUCAUAGAGCCCAGAGUUCCAGAAUGCCCCUAAUUCCGAACACCACAGGGUGAGUCUGGAGCAAGUCACCUGGGAGGGCUUACAGGUGCCAUAAUGAAGGCCUGGGGCACUGUGGUAGUGACCUUGGCCACGCUGAUGGUUGUCACUGUGGAUGCCAAGAUCUAUGAACGCUGCGAGCUGGCGGCAAGACUGGAGAGAGCAGGGCUGAACGGCUACAAGGGCUACGGCGUUGGAGACUGGCUGUGCAUGGCUCAUUAUGAGAGUGGCUUUGACACCGCCUUCGUGGACCACAAUCCUGAUGGCAGCAGUGAAUAUGGCAUUUUCCAACUGAAUUCUGCCUGGUGGUGUGACAAUGGCAUUACACCCACCAAGAACCUCUGCCACAUGGAUUGUCAUGACCUGCUCAAUCGCCAUAUUCUGGAUGACAUCAGGUGUGCUAAGCAGAUUGUGUCCUCACAGAAUGGGCUGUCUGCCUGGACUUCUUGGAGGCUACACUGUUCUGGCCAUGAUUUAUCUGAAUGGCUCAAGGGGUGUGAUAUGCAUGUGAAAAUUGAUCCAAAAAUUCAUCCAUGACUCAGAUUCGAAGAGACAGAUUUUAUCUUCCUUUCAUUUCUUUCUCUUGUGCAUUUAAUAAAGGAUGGUAUCUAUAAACAAUGCAAAAGA